UCGGCCACGGUGGAACCCUCACUCGCACCCCGAGUAUCCGAGUGAACCGAGGGUGAGAAUUCCCUUCCAGGAGCGCGGAGCGAGCCGAAGAGAGAACAGAGAACUGCGUGGAACUCCGCGGAACUUUGCGGUACUCGACGCCCUUCACGCGGAAUUCUCCGCUUCGAAUUUCUUCCGCGCGAGCGCGAGCCGAGCCGAGCGGGCGCAUCGUCAUAGGCAUGAGGUCCUGUCUGCUAUGGUUGUUCCUACUGUUGGUCGUCCUGGCCGACAGAAGCUUCGCCAGUCCUUACUUCGACGAUGGUGAAGACGUGGGCGAGCUUCAAGGUGGCGACUCCUCGGAUUAUACAGACAAUGCUCUGGAGAAUCUAAUGCGGGCAGCACAAAAACGUACCUCGUUGAUAUACUUGUAUAGGCGGGCUUGCAUAAGACGAGGCGGCAACUGCGAUCACCGGCCAAAGGACUGCUGCUACAGCUCCAGCUGCCGCUGCAACCUCUGGGGCUCCAAUUGCCAGUGCCAACGAAUGGGUCUCUUCCAGAAGUGGGGCUAAAGGAUCUCCUUUCCCUUCCUCCCUUCCUCCCCCCCCCCCUCUCCGCCAUCCGAUCAUCUCUUGCGCUCGCGUCUCGUUUUUUUUCUCUGUCUUCGUUUUUUUCUGCCCAUUUCUUUUUUACAUCUAUACCGCCUACUCUAUCCAUUCCAUAUCAUACCUUCUCCUCCCCUGGAGAGACUGUCCCGAUGACGAUAUCUCUCCUCGAGCACGCUCGGACGUUCCUCCUAAUACGAUUUACCCAAAUCCGAUAUCCUUCAUGGGCAAGCGUCGCUUCCACGACGCUUCGCCGAUUUGCAUUUUCGAUGAAAGAAACAAAGGCCUCGAUAUACGCUUUGAUGGUCCUCCUUUCGCGCGGUUUCCGCAUCCUAUUGUUUUAAGAGAGACACACCGGAGAUCCUUUACUUGAGCUUGUGAUAUAGCACGAGAUAUCGGCAGGAGGCGACAACUCGCCGAAAAUGGAAAGACCCCUCGCACGUUCUUCCACGGUAUUCCUGCUUCCAAUCUCUCGACGCGGUCUUUCACAACUACCUCUCGCGAUGUUCGACGUCCGGGAUCAGUUGCACCGAUUAACUUGGGUUCUGCUUAAGAUGGUUCCCACGUCUCUCUUUUUCUCUCUCUCUCUCUCUUUCUCUUCCUAGAUCGUACAGUUCUGAUUACAGUGACGGAGAUAAUGCGAGAUGUAUAAUUAACUCACGCUAACCAGCUUUGGUGCAACCGAUCCCUAUUAGUCGGAGAUCGCGAUUUUUUGUGAGAAUUGUUGUACCAAAUGUAACGUCGUUCUACCCGAUAUUGUAUUUACUCUUUUAUUACGUUUACUCGAUUCGUUUCGCUCAAUACUUCCUCCGAAUCCACAUUGGGUUUUACGUCGUUUCAUCUUCGUCAACGAAGAUUGUCGUCGAACCGAAGCCGGAAGUGGCGAUUACACACCGCACUCAAAGGACCUCGACUCGCACUCGACUCGAUCGAUCGUCCCUUCAGCUGCAGCUGGAGCCUGACCUUCCGAAUGAGACACGCGAAGAACGCAUGCAACCAUGAAAAUGUGUCUGUUAGCGUCUUGAAAUAGCUGUUAUUUCAAAUUCCAUUACUUCGCUCCGCUCUUAAUGAAAUGACUUUUCAACAGUAUGAAAUAAGAACAUGAGGAACGUAACUCUUCACUAAUACGAAUUUCUUCAUUAAAUUCUCGAGUUAAUUCAGACGCUACGUGAGACGUACGUGAACGCAAUAAAGUUUAACGUUGCUUUCAUUUCACUACCGAUUUCGUCAGUCGUUCCCUAAAUCUAUGGAAAUGCAAAAUCUUUUGUAACGACACAAAUAUAGUAUUAGAAAAGAUAAUUAAAUACAUUUUAAUACGCCUAUAUUGAUGCGAAAGUCUUCCGUUGCAAUCAGGUCAAUUCCGGUCUUCGCGCGUUGCAUUGUUUCCUUCGACGAUCUCUCCCGAGCAUUAAAAGUGUACCUAUGGAGAAUUCACAGCUUGACUCGCGAAUAAUGACACAAAGAAUCUCGACGACGUCUCGAUCACGAGAACAUUUUUCAACGAGUCAGGCUCGAUUCCCGCGUCUAUUUGUGACUCCGCGAUCCUUCUGGACGGGACGAGAAAUUGGAACGUUCAGCGGAAAAAAGAAAUACGCGAUAAAUUGCAGGAAUCACUAUCCUCUGAUUGGAGAUAUUUAUCCGGCCACUUUCGCCAAUCAGAUCGUCGGUGUUCCUCUAAACGUCGCUCCGUCGAGGACGAUUGCGAGGACGAUCGAUAGGAUAAUCAGGAUCGGUGUGACGAGAGAGAGAUUCUUCUUCCGAUGAAGUUACGACACGACGAAUAAGAAGAGGACGUGAAAUUAUUGUAUAGGGUCGCCAGCACAGAUCGAUUAACUAAUUAAUAUGUAUAUGUGUCUAAAACGGCGGCGAUUCAUUUAAACACAUCUAGACGGUGAUAUCUGGAUAUCUAGAUAUUAGCAGACGGCCCGCAAAUUUACACAUUUCUCCGUACCGCCUCUUAAACUUACUUACAAUUAAACGUACUACUACCUACAUGUAUUUAUGCGUACGAAUUACAAAGAAAAAAGUAAAUACUACAAUAAUAGAUGUUAUAUUGCAUUGUAUCCGAAGGUGGAUGUACACGUACCGAUAUAUAUAUAUUAUGGAAAUAUAAAUAUAUAUUAUAUAUGUACACACACA